GGCAUAUUAGACCUGCCUUCCCAAAUUCGCGAGUGUCACGAAUCUGGAUCGCUCCAGAUGGGGAUGGGGGAGGAAAAAAACUUUAAUCACAGAAGCGGAGACCUUCUACCCCAACCCAUUGUAAAGAUCUAGGCCUGCCUUUGACACAGGUUACCGCCAGAUAUGGCACAGCGAAGGCUGACCAUGCUGCAGGAAAAAGGGCGUCGGCAGGCAGUGCGAGGCCCGGCAUUCAUGUUCAAUGACCGUGCUGCCAGCCUGACGGCGGAGGAGGAGCGCUUUCUGGACGCAGCAGAGUACGGAAACAUCCCUGUAGUGCGCAAGAUGCUUGAAGAAUCACCCACCCUCAAUGUCAACUGUGUGGACUACAUGGGCCAGAAUGCACUGCAGCUGGCGGUGGGCAAUGAGCACCUGGAGGUGACAAUGCUGCUCCUGAAGAAGGACAACCUGGCGCGCAUUGGUGACGCUCUCCUGCUGGGCAUCAGCAAAGGGUAUGUGCGCAUCGUGGAGGCCAUCCUCAACCACCCGUCCUUCACCGCCAGUGAGCGCCUGACCCAGAGCCCUGGCCAACUGCAGGAUGACGACUUCUACUCCUACGACGAGGACGGGACACGCUUCUCGUCCGACAUCACGCCCAUCAUCCUGGCCGCCCACUGCCAGAAGUACGAGGUGGUGCACAUGCUACUGACCAAGGGAGUGCGCAUCGAGCGGCCACAUGACUACUUUUGCAAGUGCACCGACUGCACUGAAAAACAGCACGACGACUCCUUCAGCCACUCACGCUCUCGCAUCAACGCAUACCGUGGCCUGGCCAGCCCCGCUUAUCUCUCCCUGUCUAGUGAAGACCCUGUCCUCACUGCCCUGGAGCUCAGUAACGAACUCGCUAAGCUGGCCAACAUCGAGAAGGAGUUCAAGAAUGAAUAUCGCAAGCUGUCUAUGCAGUGCAAGGACUUUGUGGUGGGCGUGCUGGACCUGUGCCGGGAUACAGAGGAGGUGGACGCUAUUUUGAAUGGUGACAUCAGCAAGGAGCUGGAGGAAGGGCAAUGCCACCGCACCCUCCUCAGUCGUGUCAAACUGGCCAUUAAGUACGAGGUCAAGAAGUUUGUGGCCCAUCCAAACUGCCAGCAGCAGCUCCUCACAAUCUGGUAUGAGAAUCUAUCGGGGCUGAGGGAACAGUUCAUAGCAGUGAAGUGCCUAGUGGUGCUGGUUGUGGCCCUUGGGCUGCCCCUGCUGGCUGUUGGCUAUUGGUUCGCUCCCUGCAGCAGGUUGGGAAAGGUCCUGCGGAGCCCCUUCAUGAAGUUUGUAGCCCACGCCGCAUCCUUCAUAAUCUUCCUCUGCCUCCUGGUGUUCAAUGCCUCGGACCGCUUUGAGGGGAUCAACACCCUGCCCAACAUGACCGUCACAGACUACCCCACCCAGAUCUUUCGGGUCAAGACCACACGCUUCAGCUGUACUGAGAUGCUCAUCAUGGUGUGGGUCACAGGGAUGAUGUGGUCAGAGUGUAAGGAGCUGUGGACAGAGGGCCCCAGGGAGUACAUCCUGCAGCUGUGGAAUGUUCUGGACUUUGGCAUGCUCUCCAUAUUCAUCGCCGCCUUUACUGCCCGCUUCAUGGCCUUCCUCCAAGCCACCAAAGCCCAGCAAUAUGUGGAUGAGAAGAUCCAUGCCAGCGACCUCUCCUUAGUGACUCUACCCCCUGACAUUGAGUACUUCACCUACGCGAGGGAUAAAUGGCUGCCCUCAGACCCACAGCUGAUCUCGGAGGGUCUGUACGCCAUCGCUGUGGUACUGAGCUUCUCACGUAUUGCCUACAUCCUGCCAGCCAAUGAGAGCUUCGGUCCGCUGCAGAUCUCUCUGGGCCGAACUGUCAAGGACAUCUUCAAGUUCAUGGUGCUCUUCAUCAUGGUGUUCCUUGCCUUCAUGAUCGGCAUGUUCAUAUUGUACUCAUACUACCUGGGAGCCAAGGUGAACCCCGCAUUCACCACAGUUGAGGAGAGUUUUAAGACGCUGUUCUGGUCCAUAUUUGGACUUUCUGAGGUGUCGUCAGUGGUCCUGAAAUAUGACCACAAGUUUAUAGAGAACAUCGGCUACGUGCUGUAUGGGAUUUAUAACGUCACCAUGGUGGUGGUGCUGCUCAAUAUGCUAAUCGCCAUGAUCAACAGCUCGUACCAGGAGAUCGAGCGUGAUGCAGAUGUGGAGUGGAAGUUUGCACGCUCCAAGCUGUGGCUGUCCUACUUCGACACUGGCAAGACGCUGCCCCCCCCCUUCAGCAUCGUCCCCAGUCCCAAGUCUUUCUUCCAGUGCCUUCGCCGGGCCUGCUCCCUGCUCUGUUGUAAGCACGACCCACUGAAGAGGGACGUGGAGCUGUGCAUGGGCAGCUCCAAAUCCAGGCUGAACCUUUUCACCCAGUCGAACCUGCGGAUAGCGGAGUCGCACAGCUUCAACAGUAUACUGAACCAGCCCACUCGAUAUCAGCAAAUAAUGAAACGGCUAAUAAAACGCUACGUGUUGAAAGCACAAGUUGACAAGGAAAACGACGAAGUCAAUGAAGGAGAGCUGAAAGAGAUCAAACAGGACAUCUCCAGCCUUCGCUAUGAGCUCCUGGAGGACAAGUCUCAGGCCGCAGAGGAGCUGUCUGACCUGAUACAGAAACUCAGCAACAACAUCAACAUGACACACUGCGCUUGACACUGUGACUGGCCACCAAUCCACCCAGCAGUUCACUCAUCAAAAUGCCUGUGCUUCAGCAGGGAGACUGCCAAGCAUUAUCCAGUCCAGUCAGAUGGCGUGUAGACUGCAUUCCUGUCACUGUGGAAACCAGCUAAAUGCAAAUUGUUCCAUCUCCUACUCAGAAAGAUAUUUGCUGGUUUACCUGUGUCUCUGUAAGGACUGGCAUUUUUAUGCAUAUCCAAGCUUUAGUAAUCCAGCUGUAGUUUCUACCUGUAAGGCAGAAUCCAGGAAACUAAGGCAAAUGAAAAGAAGAUAUUUGUUACAGACUGGAAGACGUAAUAAUUUUUUAGUGGUAAAACCAUGUGUUUUGAUGUAUUGCACAUCUGAUCGGGAUAACUGUUAGUUUGCAUUUUAGGUUAAUUUAAAAAUAAAGAAGCCAGUCAGUGUCUAUUUGCUAAAUCUGUCAGGACUUGUGGGGGGUACGGACCCAAAAGCAGAGGGAAAAAAAAAAAAAAACACGAAACUCAAAAGGAUAGAUACGAACAAGGACUUUACUACAACAAAAAAAGGCAAACACAAACAGGGAACAGGUAAGGCCACAAAGGGCAAAACAACAAACUCAAAACAUUCUUAAGAACAAAAAAACACAGAACAGAACACAGGCAGGCAGGCAGGGUACAGGCAGGUGGAACACACAGGCAAACACAUAAAAGAAACACCAGAAGAUACAUACAGGUCAGGAACAAGCACAAGUCAGAAGCAAACACAGG